AUGGCUUCCUUCCGAUCCGUUACCUUCCUCGAUCUACCAGCAGAAGUGCACUUGAUAAUCGCUGAGUACCUCGACGCUGCCUCAGCAGUGGCCCUCAAGAAUGCAAACAAAUACCUCCGUUUCAUUGUCACCGUCAAGAGCCCGAAGAAGUUUGACCUUCAUGACUUCAACGUGUACCCCCUGACACUCGAAUUGUGGCCGGAGUGA